GAAAAACACCCCAUUCAAUUCGAGGGAAUCUCAUUUCUCGUACCUCUUCUGCUCUCCUUCUUCCUCCACCAGCAGACCCCAAAACCCUGAAAAACCCUGAAAAACCCGAAGCCAUGAUGAACAAAGGCAUGAGCAGAAAACGCUCAGUCUUCAAAUUUUGCUCGAAUGGCUUUUUUCUGUAAUGGGUUACCAUUAUAAACAAAAUAAUUCCUAGCCUUCUGUUUGAUUUUUUAUGUUGAUGUUUUUUAAUAAUUAAUUGUGUUUUUCCUUCUAGGCUGUAGCUUUUCAGCAAUUGAAUUUGAAGAUUGAUUAUGUUGUUGGAGAGAGACUUAGAGAUUUGUUUGCCUAAUUGGUCUGGGUCGCUGCAAUUAUCCGAAUUCUUGGGGCUACAAAGGAAGGUUAGCUUUUGUAUUGAGAUAGAGAGAGAGAGAGAUAGAGAUUGAAUCACUAGUAACUCCACAAAACUCUGAAGCUUUUCGUGUGUCUUGCAUCUCCUGGCCAAUGGUCAUGGUGUUCUGCUGUGCUAUGUUUCCAUUGUGGCUUGCUGAUAAUGGUUUAUUCAUAAACUGCCAGGUAUUCUUGAUAGGGGCAUACAAAUUGAUAGUCUUGGUAGUAUGAAGUGCUUCAUAUCAAAGAAAUGUACUUUUUCCUCUUUCUUUGUUUCAUGAUUGAUUGCAAUUUGCAACACAGUUGGCAAAUCUUUCCUCGACAGACCAUUUUCUUAGAUAUUCAGACUGGAUCAGCCAUGGCCAUGCUUCAGAAGGGGAAUUUUUGAAGAUGGUUCCAUUUUGCGUAUUGAGCUUUGACAUUGAGUGUGCUGGCCGUAAAGGUCAUUUUCCUGAGCCUACCCAUGAUCCUGUUAUCCAGCACCACCCCUCAAGUGCUUUUAAUUCCCCAUUAUGGACCACAAAUUCUGGUGCUCUAGUUUGGAACAACUCUUUUCUGACUGUUGGAUCUAGAGGUAAUUCAUGAACAUGACCAAAAUUGCACAUAUAAGAUGACCGUUGAGUUGUUGACAUCCAAACUUCUCAACAGUUGAAGAUAGGUUAUGACAAUCUUGCCCAGCAGAGUCUCCCCUGUACUUUCAAAAGCUUUGGAGACCAAGCAAUGCCUACUUCAAGGCUUCAACUCCUUCAAGCACCUCAAGCAUGCCCACGCUUGUCUCCUCAGCCUUGGUCUCGACCAAGACCACUAUCUUCUCAACAUGGUUUUGCGCUCCGGCUUCGAUUUUGGGCACGUGAACUACUCUUGCCUCAUCUUUCACCAAACCACACAACCCAAUAUUUUUCUUUGGAACACCAUGAUCCGUGGCCUAGUUUCUGCCGACUGCUGACGGGCUAUCCAAUUCUAUAGUUCUAUGCGGACAAAGGGGUUCUUGCCCAAUAGUUUCACCUUCCCUUUUGUUUUAAAAGCUUGUGCCAGGCGUUCAGAUUUUUAUUUCGGCUUGAACAUACAUACCCUUGUGGUGAAAACGGGGUUUGAUUUUGAUGUUUAUGUUAAGACCAGUUUACUGUGCUUGUAUGCAAAGUGUGGGUAUUUGGAACAUGCCCAUAAAGUUUUCAAUGAUAUUCCUGACAAAAAUAUGGUUUCUUGGACUGCCAUCAUUUCUGGGUACAUUGGAGCUGGUCAGUAUAAAGAAGCUAUUGAUACAUUUCAAAGGUUGUUGGAGAUGGGUUUGACUCCUGAUAGUUUUAGCAUUGUUCGGGUUCUAUCAGCGUGUGGUAAGUUAGGAGAUUUAAGCAGUGGGGAGUGGAUAGAUAGAUACAUAACCGAGAUUGGCAUGGGAAAGAAUGUGUUUGUGGCCACCUCACUAGUUGAUUUGUAUGCCAAGUGUGGACAAAUGAUGAAAGCGCGGGGUGUCUUCGAUGGAAUGCAUGAGAAGGAUAUAGUAUCUUGGAGUAGCAUGAUUCUGGGGUAUGCAUCAAAUGGGCUUCCAAAAGAAGCCAUAGACCUAUUCUUUCAAAUGCAGAAAGAAAAUUUGAAACCAGAUUGUUAUGCGAUGGUUGGGUUUCUUUCUGCUUGUGCAAGAUUAGGAGCAUUGGAACUCGGGGACUGGGCUAGCAGUUUGAUAGAUAGACAUGAAUUUUUUAUGAACCCUGUUCUUGGUACAGCUUUGAUUGAUAUGUAUGCCAAAUGUGGGAGCAUGGUUCAAGCUUGGGAAGUCUUUCAAGGGAUGAAGAAAAGAGACCAUGUGGUUUGGAAUGCAGCAAUGUCUGGGCUUGCUAUGAAUGGACAUGUCAAAGCUGUUUUCGGACUCUUCGGACAAGUUGAGAAGAAGGGGAUUCGAGCUGAUGGGAACACAUUCAUGGGCCUACUUUGUGGGUGUUCUCAUGCUGGUCUCGUUGAUGAAGGCCGAAGGUAUUUCAACAACAUGAGUAGUGUCUUUUCCUUGACUCCUACAAUUGAGCAUUAUGGAUGCAUGGUGGAUCUUCUUGGCCGUGCUGGCUUGUUGGAUGAAGCUUAUAACUUAAUCAAAACUAUGCCAAUGAAGGCUAAUUCCGUCGUUUGGGGAGCGUUGUUGGGUGGAUGUAGGCUACACGCGCAUAUCCAAUUUGCUGAACUCGUACUGAAACAACUCAUUGAGUUAGAACCAUGGAACUCAGCACAUUAUGUUCUCCUGUCAAACAUUUACUCUGCAAGUCAAAAAUGGGAUGAGGCAGCAUACACUAGGUCAAGAAUGAAUAAGCAAGGGAUGAAGAAAAUCCCCGGUUGCAGUUGGAUCGAAGUGAACGGGGUUGUUCACGAAUUCCUUGUUGGAGACAAGUCCCACACAUUGUCUGAGAAGAUAUACACAAAGCUCGAUGAGUUGGCUAAGGAACUGAAACUAGCAGGUUAUGUUCCAACCACAGACUUUGUGUUGUUUGACAUAGAAGAGGAGGAGAAGGAGCAUUUCCUUGGUUGUCAUAGUGAGAAGCUGGCUAUUGCAUUUGGUCUCAUCAGCACUGCUCCUAAAGAUACAAUUCGAGUUGUGAAGAACCUUUGUGUAUGCGGCGAUUGCCAUGAGGCCAUCAAGCUCAUCUCCAAGAUUACAGAGAGACAGAUAAUUCUUCGGGAUAAUAACAGAUUCCAUUGUUUCGUUGAUGGUUCAUGUUCAUGUAAAAAUUAUUGGUAAAAUUUGAUUAAAAUAACACAAUUUUGAUACCAACCCUUUGGUGCCACUAAUCCCAAAGAUGAUCAACAAUUUUAAUUGUAGGGAAAUUGGUGACUUUGACCUUAGCUUGUAUACUUUUUUGAAAAAUGACCCUCCCUCUAAAACUUUUGGUUAAAUGGCCUCUAGAAAUACUGCACCUGUAACUUUUUUUUCACUGUCAUUUUUUAUGCUUUGAAAUGGAGCCCUAUCUCUCAUCUCUCACUUCUCCUCUCUUCUCUGACGAACCCAAGAGGCCCCAAAUUCAUCUUAAGCUGCCAAUCUCUGUCUCUGUCUCUCUCCAGGUA